CCCCGAAACGCAGGAAAGCCUUGUUUUAAGCUGCUUUAUGACAGUGGAUUGUAAUAACCGGCACAAACGGAGCGGGUCUGCUGGGUUCGCUGGUGCAUGUCAAUGAGAGGAGGACAGAUCACGUUGGAUCCGGAGGAGUUACCCGCCCGACAACUUAACAUUUAACAGGAGCAAAUCCGACACGCAUUCAACACCACAAACUUGCGGGAUACUUAAAUGGACCCAGUGGUCCUGCCGAAGGGGGUUAAGGGAAAGGAAGGAAGCUCCGUAAAUGGCCAGUCUUUAGGUACUUUAAGGUGAGGACUUUAACUGCCAAGCCGCGCUGCUGUGAUGGACGCCAGGUUGUCGGAAGAGGUUUUUAAAUGACUAAAAGCGUCGAAUAAGCGCACCAGACAUACAUACUCGCCAUCCCCAUGUUCCUGGAGUAACUGCGAGCUCCGUGCCAGAUCAUCAGGUGAAGACAGGGUUUCAGUCCACACCAUGAAGCGAUUUCUCUGGGAUGCGAUCUUCCUUCUUACCGGGUCUCUCUUUACAUAUGGACAGGUCCAGGAAAACUCCACAUCAACGCCAGUAAACUAUCCACUGGCAGCUGCUGUUCACUCUCACUUUGGGGACUGUCCAGAUUCUCACAGCCAGUUCUGCUUCCACGGGACCUGCCGCUUCCUGGUGCAGGAGGACACCCCAGCCUGUGUGUGUCAUGCUGGCUUUGUGGGGAUGCGCUGUGAGCACGCAGACCUGCUAGCGGUUGUGGCAACCAAUCAGAAGCAGCAGACGGUGGCCACGCUGCUGGUGCUGUGUGUGAUUGGCUCUGCGAUGCUGAUACUCUUCUUUUCCCUGGUUCACUGCUGUCGAAGGCGGGGACUCUGCAGCCCAGGUCGCGCUGCCCUGCGAUGCCAUACUGAGAAACACAGCGGAUUCCUGACGGACAGCGCCUCCUGCUGUCCUUCUGAAACAGUAGUGUGAGAGCUUCAAACUCAUCAGUAGUUUGAGAGUUUUCCUUUUGUUUUUUUUUUUUUGUUUUUUUUUGUUUUCUUUUGGACCAUCUGAAUACCCUCAAGCGUCCUCCUCUGGCUCCCCGACCCUCUCGCUGAAAUGCCACCUCGAGGCUUCAAGGAAUUUCUAUGGAUGCAAAACCAAACCCCAUGUCAGAAGUCCUGCUCAUGCAGAUAGACUAAGAUGAAUAUGGCUUGGAGGCUCCGCCUCCCCGUACUAGAGAAGAGCACAAAGGACAGGAAGUGUUUUCUUAUGUGGCCAGAAUUAUUUACGAUCUCAUUAUGACUAUACUGGAGAUUGAACCUCAAGAUGGAGGCUUUUCUUUGCAUGAAAAAGACGUGGUGGGACAGCUGGAGAAUAGUGGAGAGUGAAGAGGCAGGCAGACGGCAUUGAGAGCUGCUGAAGUGAUGUGUCUCCUCUCUGACGCGAACUGAAGGGGAAAGACUAACAGUUAAGCUGGACUGCAAGUGAAAAGGAGACUGUUCUGUAUUUCAAAGAAAUGCUUCAUAACAGAGACCACCCCUGGUCCUCAUUGUCAGACAGUGGCUUCCACUGAGGAGGACCUGCUUAAGAUUCAAGAUGCAGCGAUCCCCUCAAGGAAGAUACCCACCACUGAAAUUUCUUACCGUUUAUAUCCGUUGGUCUAAAGCGCAACAAGGCGACGUGUUCGCCAGUCAAGAUAUGACGUUACAUGCAGUGCUGAUCCACCAGCAGUUAUCACUGGAUUCAAGCAAGUUGGUGCUUUGUUCCACUAAACACUUCUACGUUUAUUUUGUUACUGUGUUUCAAGCGUUUCUUGCAGCUUGUGCAGGAUAUUACAGAAAUAUGCAUAUUAAAUAGCUGCAAAAACUCUCUUAGAAAAAUAACGACUAGGAGAGACUGUGGGUUCCAUGGACCUGCUUGUACAUUCUGGUGCUUCCAAGACUUUUGAGUCACGUUGGUGUUUUAGUGGCUUUGUAUUUAUUUUAAUUUCCAUAUAUCCAGACGCUGUCGUCUGUUCACGCUGUACAACACACCUUUUCUAGAAUAUAUAAAAAAAAAAAACCCUCCGAUGUGUAUGUCACAGGUUUAGAGUUUAAC